AAUUGUUUUCCCAGGAGCUUGAAUGACACCGCAAUCAAUCAAAUCAUAUAUGACGUAUUCUGUGAUGUAAUAUGUCAAACAUACAUCUCACAAUCACGUAAUAACGGUGUCACGGGUCAUGGUUAUGUGCAAUCAAAUCAUCACCAUGACUUGCUUUCCCUUUUCCUUCCUCCUAGAAUUUAAUCUGCCUCAACAGGCGUGUGUGUCAGCUGCUUUUGGUUGGUUCGCAGCCCAGCUCCCUGUGCGAUGGGCGUAACGCGUCCCAGUGUUCUGGUCGUCCCGCACACUGUGUUCGGGACCAGUUGUGCCCCCCUGCGGGUGAAACAACCAGCGCAUGGGCGCCCGUCUCCUGCCAGCGAGGUUAGUCAUUAACCUCGCGCCGUCAGUCACUCAGGACGCGGGCGCGUGCGGACAGGACGCUGAUGAAGGCAUGCCGAUCUCACCAUGGGCGACCGUAACCACUGCGCGCGCGAGAGGCCUUCGUCCGUAGGCGACGACGUUACCGUGGAGUUCGACGCGGACGGGCCCCGCGGCCGCGACGACGAGCGCGCGGCGGAGACGAUCCUCCUGGGGAGUAAUUGCCACGUGCCGUGCGGCUACGACGACGACGACGACCGCGACGCCGGUGACGAUGCGGAGGAACCGGGAGGCGGCGGCGCGUCACGGCCGGGCGGCGGGAGGAGAGCCCUGUGCCCGCCGGCGCUUUGCGUCAGAGGACGGUCCUCGUCCUGGGAAGAAGGCGCGCAACGAGAUGCAGAGAAACCAAAGGGUUGUCCCGGUCUCGGCCUGUUCUACGCCUUCCUGGCCGCCGCCAUCUUUUCCAUCAUUUCCCUCCUGGUGAAAACCAUCCAGGGGGUCCACGCCAUAGAGAUCAGCGCCAUCCGCUGCUUCUUCCAGAUGCUCUUUGUUCUACCGUUGCUCAUCUACCACAAGACAGGGUUCCUAGGUCCCAGAGAUAAGCGUAUCUACCUGGUGCUCCGGGGCUUCAUCGGCUCCAACGCCAUGAUCCUGCUCUUCUAUGCCGUUCAGCAGAUGCAACUAGCGGACGCCACCGUCAUCAUGUUCAGUAACCCGGUCUUUACCUCGCUGCUGGCUUGGAUCUUCCUGAAGGAGAGAUGUACAAUUUGGGACUGCGUCUUCACCGCCUUCACUCUCACUGGGGUCAUCCUGAUCGCGCGGCCGCCGUUCCUGUUCGGCGACCACGUCCGGGGCAUCGAGGGCAACUACACCAACCACAUCAAGGGGACUAUUGCAGCCUUUUCAGGAGCAAUCGCUGCAGCUUUCACAAUGGUCGUCCUUCGUAAGAUGGGGAAAAGUGUCCAUUACUACCUGUCCGUCUGGUACUACGCCGUCAUCGGCUUGAUCGAGUGCAUCAUCACCGUUUCCGUCCUGGGGGAGUGGAAGGCGCCGUCCUGCGGACGCGACCGCUGGAUAAUGAUCUUGAUCGCGGUGCUGGGAAUCGCCGGCCAGUCCUUCCUCACCAAGGCGCUGCAGAUCGAGAAGGCCGGACCCGUGGCCCUGAUGAGGACGGUGGACCUGGUGCUGGCGUUCACAUUCCAGUUUAUCUUCUUCAACCGCGAGCCGACCCUGUGGAGCCUCGGGGGGGCGCUGUGCGUGGUGCUGAGCACCAGCGGAGUGGCCCUAAGGAAGUGGUGCAGCAGCUCUCGCACGAGCUAAAGACAAGUAUUUAUUAUUAGUAGUACUGAAUUCCUCCGUGUUUUACUUGUUAUUCAAAUGCAGCUCUGUGAGGGGGUUUAAGCUCCUGGACAACUUCACCAGAGGUCAGUUAUGAGCUUGUGAUGGUCAUGAAUUCAAGUUCACUCCUUAGAUUCAACGCGUAUCAUUUGUUGUGAACAUAUUUUCAUGUAAGUGAACGCAUCUCUAAAGGAAACGAGAGGAAGGAGCUGCAGAUUCCCACCGCUGCCUGUAGAAGCCAAAGCCUCAGAUCACCCGAUCAGGACCAUUCACAUCAUGUGACACCAGUUGGCAAACUGCACUACACAAUGCACUGCAUGUUAUUUUAUUGUGGUAUGUAUUACCUGCUGUUACAUGCUUCAUAUUGUAACCUUGCAGUGCUGACAACACAGUUGAAAGUAGCACUUAAAUACAGGAAGUACAGUAUAAACCCAUAUGAAACAUGGCAAAGCUGUACAUACAGUAAACCCAGACUCAGGGAUUUAACCCCUUUAACGAUCACACCUGAAUAGAACGCUCUCAUUUUCUCAUCAAAUGUUUCUAUACAUUGACCAACCGCCCAGUCAAUCAUUUCUUAAACUCUGAAGUGCCUUACAGAAAGUAGAGACCUUUAAUCUCCAGCUUUCCAGAAACUGGACAACCCUCAGGUUAAGUAGGAGCAGGAGCUUCUGAUUAAACGAGCAAUCAUUUUUAACUUUUUGGUUUGUUUUUUUAAAUCGGGACCCAAAUCUCACCUUUACUCACCUUCACAAUGAGGAAGGAACAACGAAGAGAUUCGCUGCUGCUAAAAAUACUGGACCUUUAGCACGUACAGAAGCAGCAGAUUUUCCAGUUACGACCACUUUAAGUGAUGAGUUAUCAUUUGUUUGAUUUUACAUUCUUCUUUAUUUCUCACAUUAGUUUAGUUGACUUGAAUGCUGGCAGCAAGAGAACAAUGUGUAAGGAAACUGUUGUUCCAGCACCUAUAAGCCUUACAACCCAACUAAAGUUCUUUAAGGUUUUUAAACUAUUCUUUAUUACUAUUUAUUUUAUUGCUAUUGCAAAUUACAUCACCAUAUGCUGUAAGUAUAUAUUUCUGCAAAGUGAUAUUUAGUUUAUGAUUUAUAUUUUGAGAAUAAAUUCUUCAUGAAUUGAA